AGCCGGACCCUAUACUCAGUCGGACAAUAUCACAAUCGGCUUCUGUUUGAUUUUUUUUCUCUCAGAUCGUCGAUUAAAAACAAAAUUUAACUCUUUAUUUUAUUAAAAACUUUUUCAGUGGUUCGAUAAAACCAGCGGAGACCCGGUACCGGACGGUGUCGGUUCUGGAUGUGCCUGUAAGGGUUCGGAGAUGUCGGACCCGGAUCCUGAUCUACGUGGACAGUAAGAGAGUCUGGGGUCUUCAGCUGGUCUCACUGAGUCUGGGGCUGUUUUCAGGAGAAACCGGACCGGAACCGGACAGUUCGGGGUUUUAAAGAUGAUGUACUCAUCGAGGAGGAAACCGGUUCUGUACUUUAAAGAGGAGAGGAGGUAAGAACCCGGUACCGGUUCUGGUUCUGGUUCAACCAGGUCAGGGUUCUCCAGGUCUUUGGGGAGAGGGGCGCAGGUCCAGUUUAACGAAGAACCAGAACCAGAAUUUAGCUGCUGAUUCAUGUGAAAACCUGUGGUGUCCAAACGGUGGUCCGGGGACCGUAAAGAGUUCUCUGUAAAAAUGAUCGGCUGAAUAUCGGUGUCAGUUAAAGGGAUAUUCCGUAAAAUUAGGGGUCAAACUCACCGUAACACCGAGUUAGACCCCCCCUCCAGAGAUGAAUGUUGUCGACCGCUUCCUUCUCUAGUUAUACCAACUUUAGUAACGACCGCAGGAUAGAAAUACAGAGAGGUCUGAGGAGCCAUAAACAAACCUCAACCAAAACGCCACUCUAUAGAGAGACCUCAGGACAGUCCAUUAUGGACUACAGCGGGGUGCCGCAGCUCAAGGAAGAACAUUUAUGAUCAUUUCUUCAUGGAAAUACAAUCAGACCGAGACGCUAAGACAGAAGAACUACAGCGUCUGUAAAAUGAUCAAUAAGGUGAUUAUUACUUCAAGGAAAUGAUAAAGAAAUGAUCAUAAAUGUUCUUCCUUGACUCUGUAGUUGGAAUCACCGUAUGAUGGUCUUAACAUCACCUGUCUGUGAACUGUCCUGAGGUCUGAUGGAUCUAAAUCUAACACUCUUUUGGAAAGAACUGGAAAUCAUAGAUGCUGCAUCCUCAGUUCCAAAAUUAAUAUUCAAGAAGAGCUUUAUAUAUUUAUUGAUCCUGAAGAGGAAGUUUGAUGAUUCAUGACCGACUGAAAGAUUUUAGGGUUCAGAAAAACAUUUAAAACACAAAUAAAUUUGCUGAGACCAGAAAAAUGUUACAGAAGUUUGAGUUUUGUGUGUUUGUCUGUUCCUCUUUCUGAUCGUGUGUGUGUGUCUGUGUGUUUGUGUGUGUGUGUGUGUGUGUGUGUGUGUGUGUGUGUGUCUGUGUCCUGAUGAUGAAACUUUGUUGUUGUGACUCAUCUUCUCAAACUUAUUUCUCAAAUCUAUAUAAAAAAAACUUCUUUUAAACAAGUUUAAACCAUCUAUGUCAGUAAAAUAAAACUUAAAAUGAUGAUUUUUUAUAAUUAAAUUUUUUUCAAAUAAAAAUGAACAAAUUUUUUUAGUGUGACUACUUUUAAACUUCACUUUGAAACAGAUCAGCUGAUGGAUUUAAGGAACCGUCUUUGACUUCCUGUGAUUCUUUCGUCGCUCUCUCGGUCAGAUCGGAUUAAUUUUGGCGUUUUUUUUUCACUUCCUGUUUUGUCGUGUCUCCUCAGGUUCCUGUCGGCUCGAUGUACGGUCUACAAACUCUUCGGUCUCUGCAUGGUGCUGCUGCUCGUCUCUCUGCUCUGGCUGCAGCUCAGCUGUUCAGGUGACAUGUCCACCGCCGCCGCCGCGCACGGGGAAAGACGCCCCUCCCAGCAGCAGCUGCAGGCUCCGCCCUGCCCGGCUGACAGUCAGGCGUCUGCGACGGACGACCCCUCCUGGGGUCCUCACAAACUGGCGCUCAUCAUUCCCUUCAGGGAGCGCUUCGAGGAGCUGCUGGUGUUCGUUCCCUUCAUGCACACGUUCCUCAACAAGAAGAAGAUCCGACACAAGAUCCUGAUCGUCAACCAGGUGGAUCACUUCAGGUGAGGGAACACCUCUGACCUCUGACCUCCUGAAACCCGGGGCCUCAUUUAUUAACGCUGCGUACACACACAAGAAAGCACACGCCACUUGUAAGCGAUGUUUGGGAUUGUUCUGACCCUGAGAAACGAGAAACUUCGACCCCGACAGUAAAAGAAGGAAAUUAACCUGUCGUGAUCUUUCCUACGCACAGUUUUCUAAAUGAGGGCUCAGGUCUCUAAUGUGGACUUCAUGAUCCCUCUCAGAGUUUCCCUUCAGUACUUUUGGGUCCACGCCGCCUGUCCUCUCUGUUCCAGGUUUAACCGGGCCUCGCUGAUCAACGUGGGUUACCUGGAGAGCGGGAACGACACCGACUACCUGGCCAUGCAUGACGUGGACCUGCUGCCUCUCAAUGAAGCUCUGGACUACGGUUUCCCGGAGGAGGGUCCGUUUCACGUGGCCUCGCCUGAGCUGCACCCGCUGUACCACUACAAGACCUACGUGGGCGGGAUCCUGCUGCUCACCAAGAAACACUACGGCAUGGUACUGAGGGUCAAAGGUCAAACUCGGGGUUAUUCAGCCCGUGAGGACAGACUGAGGGGGAACAGUCUCCCUCUGUCCGUGUCAGUCAUGUAAUGAUUCAGAGCGUCCACUAGAUGGAGCUGUUCGAUGAAAGAGUCAUAUCUCGGUGUGUUUGUGUUUUCAGUGUAACGGGAUGUCCAACAGGUUCUGGGGGUGGGGCCGAGAGGACGACGAGUUCUACAGACGGCUGAGGAAAGCCGAGUUACAGGUAAACCCUGAACACCUGUCCUGAUGAAAACCAGGGGGCGCUGUGACCCCGUUUGUUGAACCAGCGUCUGUCUGUCUGUCUGUCUGUCUCUGCAGCUCUUCAGACCGAGUGGAAUCACAACAGGGUAUAAAACGUUUCUCCACAUCCACGACCCGGCCUGGAGGAAGAGGGACCAGAAGAGAGUGGCGGCUCAGAAACAGGUACAGGACUUAUCUCCUCAGAGCGACGACGACUGAUUUCAGACUCUGUUAUUCAAAGAUAUCAAACCGGACAUUUUCACUUCCUUUUAAAAUCGCCUGUUUUUGGUUUUAAAUCAGCAGAAAAAUGAAAAGACAGCUCGUCUUAGACGCUGAAAACAUCUUUAAUAAAUUCUGAUUUUAUUCUGUUUUUCGCCGAUCCAGGAGAUGAACUCUUAGAAGUUCCCUGAAGUUAAACAUCGUCUUUAAACGGCGAAACGUGUUUAUGUUGAGUUGAAUGAAGCCUGAUCUAACAUGGAUGAUAUUGAAGAGUCUGACUUUGAUAUCGUUUCUGUUUUUCAUUAAAAAUAAUGACUGUCAGUCCGGGUUCAUUGACUGAGUACAGCUCACAUAGACAUAGAUGCUGGACACACGUCACAGGUAUGAAGGUCUUCCUUUAAAAACUCUUUGUCUGGAUGGACGCAGAUGUUGCUCCUAAACCUGGAGAUCUUGUUUAAAACUGAGGAUGCAGCAUCUAUGAUUUCCAGUUCUAGAUUGAAAGGACAACUGGACUCAGGCAAAUGCCGCAAGUAAGUCCAGUUGUCCUUUUAAGAACGUAAGAUUUUGAUCCAUCAGACCUCAAGACAGUUCAAGGAGAAGUGAUGUUAAAGGGAUAUUCUGGUGUAAAAUUAAUUUAGUGUCAAACCCACCAUAACACCGAGUUAGACCCCCCUCCAGAGAUGAAUGUUGUCCAUUACGGACUACAGCGGGGUGCCGCAGCUCAAGGAAGAACAUUUAUGGUCAUUUCUUCAUGGAAAUACAAUCAGACCGAGACGCUAAGACAGAAGAACUACUGCGUCUGUAAAUGAUUAAUAUGGUGAUUAUUACUUCAAGGAAAUGAUAAAGAAAUGAUCAUAAAUGUUCUUCCUUGAGCUGCGGCACCCCGCUGUAGUCCCUACAAACUCCAGUAUUCAGGUGAUAGAUUUUUAAAAAGUUCAUGAUUAAAAUAAAGUGAUUUAUUCUCUAAAAGGAUCUAUAAAUAAUCCGAAAGUUCUGAAAACCUGUAAAAGAAAAAGACACCCGGUCUUCAUUCUCACCCCUCGCCCCCGCCCCCCUGGUUUCUCUCUCCUGUAGGAGCAGUUUAAGGUGGACCCUGAGGGGGGGCUGACUAACCUUCGUUACCAGGUGGAGUCCCGACAGGAGCUGACCAUCAGCGGGGCGCCGUGCACCGUCAUCAACACCAAACUGGAGUGUGACCAGAACCAGACGCCCUGGUGUCUGCUGGUGUAGAGGAGCCAAACGUGUCGGUACACCGCGGCGGAUGUUUUAAACUCGACUGAAAAGAUGAUCCUGCUCUCAGAUUUUGCCAAAAGUUGCUGCCGCUCUGACAGAUCUGUAGAAAAACGGUACAAACAGACUUCUUGAACUCUGACUCGGUUCUGUGCCGAACUUGAACAGAAAUAACGAUGCGCUGAAAUCUCCCCAAGGGUCAAACUUCCUGUCUUUGUUACGAUGAACUCAAACCUGCUGUUUUUUAAAGAGGAGCGGGAGACCUGACCCAAGAUCAGAACCUCCUCAUGAGUCUGUCGGUGCAAUACCAGAACUAAGUUAUCAGGAGAUGGACGGUUACAGUAAACUGGAGACCCGCACGGCCAAACCGGACUGUUCGAGCUGACCUCAGUCCUGGUUCUGGUUCCUGCUGGCGUGACGUGAAUGCAGACUUUUAUUUUUUUUAAUCUGGGAUCGUGCAAACGGAGCAGAGAGCUGGACGGCUAAAACAAGACGACCUCAGAAACCAAACGAGCGUCACUGAGCGGUUCGUUUCGCUGAAGUCUGCCUCAUAUCACCAAAAGUGUCAGAGGAAGUUUAUCGUGUCUGUCUGAGCUGGGAUGUAACGGUAAAAAACAACAAAAGCGUUUCUUCAAAUCAGAAAAAUUAGAAAUAAACGUCAGUACCCUUUUUUAAACAGCAGGGGGCGUCAUGUGAGAGAAUCUGCACACGUGUGUCGAUUCUGAUGAAAACUACCAGAGUAAUAUUUCACAGAAAGACUAACCGUACGACUUCUUUCUCAGACAAUUUCAUCCUCAAAAUUUAUUAUUAUUUGGACUUGAUCCUCGUAAAUUUCCGACUUUAUUCUUGGAAAUGUUCCAUUUUAAUGUCCGAAAUUUACAGCUCUGUUCUCGAUGGCUUUAACGGCAAAUUUACCACAGCACUCCUGUCAGUAUUUCACUUUGUUCUCCUGAAUUUAAAUCUUGGUCAUAAAAUCACAAGUAAAAGUACAACCCUAUUAUCGUAAACUCGUAACUCUCCACUAAUAUUCCCACUUCAUGGAUUUUAUUCCAGCUCUGUUCACCUAAAUUUAUGACCUAAAUCUCAAAAAGUGGAAACUGAAUUUUCUUAUUUUGCACCUCAGAUGUCUUCAUUCCCUAAAAUUUUGUCUUUUAUAACUUCUAUAACUUCUUUUCCUAAAUGUUCAACCUCACUGCUGAAUCGUUAUAAAAUCAUAACUUCUAUUAUUGUACUUUUUAUAUCUCUAAAUUUAUGAUUCCUUUUUCAUGAAUUUACAACCUGAAUCUCAUUUAGUUAAAACUUUAUUUCAUAAAUUUCGGACUGUUUUCUCAUAACUUAAUUUACCGCUUUACUCUGGCAAGGUCUUAUUUUCCUGAAUUUAUAAAUCAGUUUUCAAUAAUUUAAAACUUUUAUUUUGUAAAAGCAAAACUUUAUUCUCAGAAAUUUGAAACUUUUUCUGUCGCCAACUUAAUCCCUGUAAAUUUACAACUUUACUCACCCAAAUUUUUACUUUAUUCUCUCAAACGUACAACUCCGUUCUUGUAAAUUUUACCCAAAAUCUCAAAAAGUUAAAACUCGUGAUUUUCGUGGCUUCAUUCCCUUAAAACUCAUCGUCAUUUUUUGUGAAUUUUCUACAUUUUAAACUUCUUGAAAUUUUACAACAUUGUUUGUAAAUCUCCAAUUUUAAUCUUACAAAUCGAGACUUGAACCCUUUGACUGAGCGCCGACAGUAAACCCGUAAAAACUUCGUAUUCUGGCUUGAAUGUUCGUUACAUCCCGACUCUGACAUUAACAGGAAAUUGUCGUAUCUGCCUGAGCGUUUGUUUUAUGUUGUAACGUUUUUUCGACAGACGCACUUUGAAUUCACCAAAGAACACGAACUUUCUCUCAUCUCAUAGUUACGAUGUUUGUUUCUCAUGACUGCAGUUUAUUCGGGAUGUGAGGCGGUGAAGACACUCGAGUAUCAGGAUGUUUAGGAUUCAGUGAAGUCUCGUUAGUUUUGUUUGUUUUAUUUACAGUUUUAUAAACUCACAGUUUUGAGUCCUUUAGUUACAGAGGGAAGUGUUUGUAAAGAGUCACAUUUUGAAAACUUGGAUUUAUUAACUCUGAGGAAAAGGGUCUGCGGUGAUUUCAAAGUGUUUCUGUACCGUUUAAAGUGAACUGAGCCAAACUGAGCCGGACCAGACCGAACUGAACUUUAUCAUUUACCUGUAACUUUUAACGUAUUAACAGAAAAUAAACUUAAACUCAGAAUCAUUUAAUGUUUAAUUUUCCCCUAAGAUAUUAAAUGAUCUUCGACCAAUCAGAAUCAAGUAUUAGUUUGAUAUUCAGAGGUUGUAAUAUGUGGUUUAAUUUCCCUCGUUACCUUGACAACAGACAGUUUCAUCUGCAUGAACACCUGAAACGGCGUCCCUCAGGGUUCGACACUUGGUCCCCUUCUCUUUAUCUCAUUUUUAGGAGUUUGUUCUUGUCUCUGUUUUUCAUCCAUAAUAUUAACACUGAGAACUGAAAGAGGUCAAACUCCUGCGAAUGAAAAUCUCAUAAUACAACCGAAAGACCCAAAACAAAAGACUUUACUGUGAGCUUUUAAUGACUAUUUUAGUAUUUUUUUAAGGUAAAAACAGCAACACUGGGUCUUAUAAAUAUUCCCUGAAAAUAGGUAUCAUGUUUCGACCAAAUAACAUUUAAAAAAUCACUUUUUAUUCUUUCAAAGUCAGUAGAAAUCUGUGGUAAAGGAACUUUGUGUCAUUUCAAAUUAACUUCUUUAAUUGUGUGUUUUCUCGUGUUUCCUUAAAGCACCUUUAAAAUGACUUCAUGAAACCAGACUAUAAUAAUUCAAAUAAAACCUCAUUAAAUUUCUUAAAUUCACUCCAAAGUUUUUUUCACAUUAACAUUUUACCUGCUGACCAUGUCUGUCUAUAAAUAAUGACUGAUGUCCUAAAGGUUUAUGAAUUAUGUCAGACCAGGUGGUUCAGUAUUUAUUUCAAUUCAAGACUUUAAAGUGUUUUCUUGUUUAUUUGAAUUGUUGGAAAACUCUUUAUUUUGUUUUAUAAACUUACUGUUUUUGUAUCAUUCAUUUUAAGAGAUACUGGUGUUUUUACGGCGGCCCAGAAGGUCAACUGCACAAACAUUUUGUAUCCGCAAAAACAUUUCGUCAGUCACCAAAAACUUUUCAUGAAACACAAAAACAAAAUUUUUUCAUUAGUACAGCGACUGUUUCAAGAGAUAAUAAAAAGAUAUUAGAUGGACUGCUAAAACAUUUUAAAGAAGUUUAAAGAUUUUUCACAAUGCAAAAAUAUUUUACAAAAACUGUUUAACAAAAAGUAAAAACUUUUCUUUGUGUAUUCUAUAAAACUUUAACACAUUUUGGGAAAUUUUUAACAGUUCCAUAGCUUUCAAUAUAAUAAAAUAUUUUUGCAAUUUUUUUUAAAUAUUUUUUAGGAUUUUUUGUUGCAGAUUUUUUUGUUUGUUUAGUAAAACAUUCCUAAUGUUUGUAAAAUUUUAUGUCACAUGAUUUUUUUUUUUUUUUUAUGUGUCGUAAAAUGUUUUUCCAAUUGACCUCCAGGGCCACCGUACUCUACAGACUCCCGUUCAUGCCGACCUACUGUUGGGAUGUUUUCCUAAUCUGCGUUUCUUUUUUCUGUUAUCAGGCCUUAAAGCUGCUUCAGUCGCUUCUUGUUUUUAAACGAGCAAAUUUAAAAGUGUUUUUAACGUGUGUCUGAAAGUAAGUCUGCUCACUUCAUCGAACCCUGAUCAAGCCUGAGAAGAUAAAGUCUUCACAAAAGGAAACUAUAAAACCCCAAAUGUCCUGAGAACGAGCGCCUGCAGACAGCACUCAGGGCAAAGAUUCACCGUGUUCAGAGACGUGCAGAAGAGUUUCAUGAACCACAGAAAGUGUUUAAAGAGGGAGGGAUCUUUAUAUGCAACACACCUCAGCUUUAAGAGUCGACAUGGUCGCCCUGACAACAAAGUGGAACUGUUUUUACUUUGCCGUAUUUAAAAAAGCAGAACAUGUAACCUUUAAGAGACAAAGAGAAAGGCUACUGAAAACAGAUCCGUCUGUCAAAAUGAGUUUUCUGCUGCCGUCUCAGUUUUUGGUUUCUGAUUUAGACAGCUGCUGUAACUCUCCUCUUCUACUCUGCUGCUGCUGUGAUGUGCUUGUCGGCCUCCAGGGGGCAGCGUCUAGUCUGUUGCUCCAUGUGUGAUGGUUUUAGAAGAGGGACUGUGCAUCCACGGGCCAGAAUCAGAAAUGGUACUUUGUAUUUGUACAAUAUUCAAUAUUUAUAUAAACCUGAGACCAUAAAACACAUUUGGAUGUUUUGUUGUUUUUUUUUACUUCACUAAUCAGUUAUACUUGUGUGUGUGUGUGUGUGUGU